AUGCAAGAUAUCUAUGUUCAAUCUUUAGGCUAUUGUUAUGGACCGAGUACCAAUGUUAAUGCGGACGAGGUAAAUCAGGUGCUCACCACUAACCUUUGGCUUGAAAUGAAGCACAAAAGUUUUUCCACUUUCAAAAUCAUCAAAAUAGACAUGGAAUACUUACAGCAAUGGAACGAUUACAAACUAACAUGGGAUCCAGAAAAGUGGAAUAACAUCCGAAACGCAGACGGCGAGCCACAUAUAACAAUCAUGAGCGAUGCCCUGGUUUAUUAUACAGGUGCUGUAGUAUGGAAGCCGCCAAGCAUUUAUAAGUCAUUUUGUCCGAAGCCGCGAAUGGGACUUGAUUAG